AUGGAAAAUGCCUCCACCAUUUCCAGCAAUGCACAGGAAUAUUUGUCUGAUUCUCACCUUUUACGGUUUGGUUUCUCACUGAUCCCUGUUGUCUUCUUCACCUACCUCAACUGUGUCAUGCUUUUCACCCUGAAAAGAAAGGCAGCAUUCCAAGGAGUGCCUCGCUACAUCCUCUUUGGCCACAUGCUCUUGGCUGACUCCCUUCAGUUUCUAUGUAGCAUGAUUUCAUACUUAAUUGCCGUGGUCAAGGUGUACAUGACCAAUGGAUUAUGUGGUGUUUUCCUGUCUCUGGCAAAUAUAACAAAUCACAUUUCCCCACUCAACCUGGCUGUAAUGGCUCUGGAGAGGUACUCUGCCAUCUGCUUCCCCCUCAGGCAUGCUGAGAUUGCCACCAGUAAGUGGACUGGUGUAGCCAUUGGUGUGGUGUGGGUGCUGGGCUCUUUGAAUCCUGUGACACAAUUUUUCAUGUAUCUAGCAAUAGGGCCUCCUUUCGCUGUAGUGCAGGUGUAUUGUGGACAAAGAACUUUCAGUCUGAAAUUGUUCACCAACAUGAAUAAAGUGUUCACAGCUGUUUAUUUUGUUUUAGUCGGGUUCAUUAUCAUCUACACAUACAUUGCCAUAAUGGUUGAGGCUAAAUCUGCAUCCUCUGACAAAAGCAAAGCUGCAAAAGCCAGAAACACUGUGCUGCUUCAUUUAAUUCAGCUGGGCCUGUGCCUGUCUUCCUUGUCAGUCACUCCUUUAAGUGCUCUAGCGUCACGCUUGGAGACCCACGCAAGUGAUAAUGUUAGAUGA